GCGUUGGCCAAGGCUAGUGACCCAUCCAUUGCCCUGCAGACACAUUCAAACUCACUGAUGCUAUGUUCGGGAGAUGUGUCUGAGUCCCUAAGAGUUACAAAAUGAGUGGUCAGGGAAGGACCCCAGAGACUCUUGGGCGAUGAUUAGUAAAGGUCCUCGGGGUGAACAUUUCGUGGUAGAGGUUGAUGUAGGUGGUCGCAAAGUGGGUGCCUUCGCAGACAUAGGCUCUACACAAAACUUCAUAAGUCGUGCUUGUGUGGAUAGGUUGCGCUUAGGGGACCGAGUGCAGCGGCUUAGUAGAUUUGUAGCCUCUAUGCUAGCCAACAAGCACAGUAUGGUAGUCCAAGACUAUGUCAAGGAUGUAGUCUGCACCUUCUCCUAUGGAGGCGGGAAACUAAGACAUAAAAUCUUGUUCCUUGUCAGCGACGAACUGCCAUUCGACAUGCUGCUAGGUAUGUACUACCUCGAGGUUGCUCAACCUCAAUUCGACUGGGAUGGAAAGGUGAUUAUCCACAAGUUGCCCAACGGUAGAACCGUUAGAGUGCAGAAGUUCGAAGCUAGCAGCCUAGUCGAAAACUAUGGGUGCAUGUGCGCAUCUUCCUUCUAUAACUACUAUAAGCAAAAUCGCGAGAAAGGCAUGCACUUAGUCUUUGUCUCUGAGAAAGGGGAGACCGUGAAAUCACCCCCAGAGAUAGUAGUCGUCGCACAAUAUUCAGACCUUUUUGAGGAGCCCACUGGUGUGGUGGAAAGGGAGGUUGUCGACGCGAUAGAAGUCAUCCCUGGUAGCAAAGUACCUAGAGGAUGGAUCUACAGGAUGUCUCCUGCGGCGUUCGAUGAGCUCCGCCGCCAGCUCAAAGAGCUCACAAAGAAGGGAUGGAUUCGACCUAGUACCUCCCCUUACGGUGCUCCAGUCCUAUUUGUUCCUCAGAAGGGAGGUACCUUAAGGAUGUGCAUUGACUAUAGGGGCCUCAAUGCCAUCACUGUAAAGAACGCAGAGCCCCUACCCCGCAUCAACGACCUAUUGGAUAAAGUGCAGGGAUGCCAAUACUUUACUAAGAUAGAUCUAAAGUCCGGAUACCAUCAAAUUGCCAUUAGACUUGAGGACCAGCACAAAACCGCUUUCCAGGCCAGGUACGGUCUUUACCAGUUUGUGGUGAUGCCCUUUGGCCUAUGCAAUGUCACUGGAACAUUCCAACAUGCAAUGAAUAGGAUUUUUCAUGAUUACUUAGACAAGUUUAUCGUCGUGUACCUCGACGAUAUCCUUAUCUUUAGUAAGACUAUAGAGGAGCACGUUGAGCACUUACGAACAGUGCUAGGUCUCCUAACACAACACCAAUACAUGGUUAACUUGGAGAAAUGCGAGUUCAGUCGCACCAAGAUCUUGUACUUGGGUCAUGAAAUUUCUGCGGAUGGGUUGAGAAGGACUAGCAAGAGACACAUCUUCGUUAUAGUGGACUGCUUUUCCAAGUAUGCAAGACUUAUCGCUAUGCCGGAGACUGCUAAAACUGACUACAUCAUCAAACUGUUUCUGGAUAACUGGUACGCGAUUUUGGACUCCCUAUGUCUAUAAGGCUCAUUGUACGAGAGGGUGGGGCAGUACAAAGAAGCUCUGAGCAAUUUCAAUCAGGCGAUCAAAUUGGACCUGUCAAGUACAUUGUCAUACAAUGCCCGAGGUCUGUUGUAUGAAAAGCUUGGUGAUGGAGAUGCUGCAUUGCGGGACUUCAACGAGGCAGUGCGAAUGCGCGGUGCACGACACCGCAACGUGCCCCACGCAAGUCAAAGGCAAAUUCCCUUCGGGAAAGUGAGCAUCGCCGAGAGUGAUGUGGCUGCACUCUCGACGCCUUCGAAACUGGUUGCUUCGCGAGAAACCUCUCUUCAUUCUGAGGCACAUGCGGAAUUCGACAGUCCUCUCUUAUACCCUUAUGCUGCCCGGCUCGUUCCUUCGCUGGGUUCUCAAGCUCAAGGACAAGAUGUGUGUGCUGCUUCUUCUCCGUUCGACAACAGCGACAAUGAAUCGUCUUCAAGUGGUUCUUCAAGGGAUUCGACGCACGAGUUCAACAUAGAGGUCCAGGAGUCGUUGACGUCCAACGAUUUUGCAUGGCUUCCUCUCCCUUCCACAGGCUGCUUGUCGGGACCACAAUGCACAGCACUAUGCGCCCAUCACCACACAUACUUAGCCUUCUAUGCACCACCACCUUCGCCGACAGAUGAUGAAGCUGCAGUGGGGGACAUCCUUGCAUAUGUUAGCAAGGUGGCCCGCGAGUUUCGCACGCAGCGGUACGAUGAUAACAACGCACCGCUCCUUUAUGUCUGCAUCCAAGUUGGGCAAGCGUCAUGUGGCACUUUGCUGGAUAGCAGCGCAACUCGCAAUUUCAUUAGCCAGUCCUUCAUCCAAAGGGCCGGCCUUGGCGCACAAGUUCGAAGGAAGCGAAACCCGACGACGAUCAAGUUGGCGGACGGUCGGACGCAACAAUUCCUCAAUCACUACAUUGAAGUUGUCCCGGUUUAUUUCGCACCUCAUGCACGCGAACCGGUGACGUUUGACGUCUUGGACACGGACUUCGACAUCAUUUUGGGAAUGCCUUGGCUUGCAAGUGCGGAUCACACAGUUAACUUCCAUCGACGGACACUUACCGUUCGCAACGCCUUCGGCGCCGAGGUGUCGUGUGCCAUUCCUUUGCCGCAUCCCUCGAUCCGGUGCCAAGUUGUAACGUCCAAGUCUUUUCGGGCCACUUGCGCUUACGAGCAGACCGACGAGAUAGGCCUAUGUUUUCUACGAGCUGCCGCGAUGACCGAAUCUUCACCUACGGAUUUGUCUUCGGACCCCCGAGUGGUGCGGCUGCUCGACGAUUUCACCGACAUCUUCGAGUCUCCUACUGGUGUGGUGUCGGAUCAACCGAUCUCCCACGAGAUCAUUCUUGAGGCAGGUGUCGUGCCGCCAAAAGGAUGCAUCUAUCGCAUGAGCGAGGAAGAGCUCGCGGUUCUCCGCGCGCAACUCGAUGAUCUGUUGGACAAGGGCUGGAUCCGCCCUAGUAGCUCACCAUACGGUGCGCCUGUUCUCUUUGUACCGAAGAAGAACAAGGAUCUUCGCUUGUGCAUUGAUUACCGCAAGCUCAACGCACAAACCCUCAAGAAUGUGGGACCUCUUCCGCGGAUUAACGACCUUCUCGAGCGUUUGGGCGGCGCAAAAUUCUUCUCAAAGUUGGACUUGAAGUCGGGCUAUCACCAAAUCUCGAUACACCCGCAAGAUUGCUACAAAUCCGCGUUCAAGACACAGUACGGGCAUUUUGAGUGGAUCGUUAUGCCUUUUGGCCUCACCAAUGCCCCAGCGACUUUUCAAGCGGCAAUGACUAACGAGUUUCGUGCGAUGUUGGACCGGUUCGUACUAGUAUUCUUAGACGACAUUCUCGUCUAUAAUCGGACAUUGGAGGAUCAUCUUGAGCACCUUCGACGAGUGUUGGAGACGCUCCGCCGCGCCAAGUACAAAGCCAACCGCAACAAGUGCGAUUUUGUCGGGCAAGAGCUGGAAUACUUGGGCUAUUUUGUCACACCGGAGGGCAUCAGCCCGUUGUCGGACAAGAUUCAAGCCAUCCAAGAGUGGCCGGAGCCGAAGAACGUCACAAAUGUCCGUUCGUUCCUUGGCUUAGCCGGCUACUAUCAACGCUUCAUCAAGGGAUACUCGAAGAUCGCGGCUCCUUUAUCCAAGCUUCAAGGCGAGGACCGGCCAUUCGACUUCGACGACAAUGCAUGGACGUCCUUUUUGGCUCUUAAAGCCGCAUUACUAUCCGCGGAGGUGUUGCACAUCUAUGAUCCGCUUCUGGCGACACGUGUUACUACCAAUGCGUCUGGCUAUGGCAUUGGUGCCGUCCCCGAGCAACAUGAUGGCGUGGACUGGCACCCGAUCGAGUACUUUAGCAAGAAAAUGUCCGCCCGUCCGGAUCACUGUAUCGCAGUCUAUUCGACCUUCGAGAUCGGCGAUCACCUGCGGAACAGCUUCAUCCGCGGCUACCAAGCCGACCCCGAGUUUCACAACAAGUACGCAAAUUGCUCCUCUCCUAAUCCGGCGCCUUCUCACUACCGGAUCCAAGAGGGGUACUUGCUUGUCCACACGCGGGGGAAGGACCUUCUUUGCGUACCGAGUGACUCUCACUUGCGUACACGACUUCUUGGCGAGUUCCACAACGCUCCCGCCACUGGACACUUUGGAGUCAAUCGUAUGAUUGGCCGAGUCCGCGAGCGCUUUUGGUGGCCCGGUCUUCUUGACGACGUCACACACUAUUGUGAGUCAUGCGAGGUUUUCCGACGUUGCAAAUCCCGCAAUCAUCGUCCGUACGGCGAGUUGCGAUCAUUACCAGUCCCCUUGCGCCGAAGGGAAGCGAUUGCCAUGGACAUUACCUGGCCGUUCCCCAAGCACAAGACUGGUGUGGAUGGGAUUCUCACGGUGGUCGACCGACUCACCAAGUUCGCCAUGUUUUUGCCUUGCCGCUAUCAUGCCAAGGCACCGGAGUUGGCCGAGGUUCUUUACGUCGGUUGGAUUCGAACCAAAGGUUACCGUAAGGAAAUCGUCUGCGACCGCAACACUCGGCUCAUGUCCGAUUUUUGGUUGGCGCUCAUCAAACGAUGGGGCUCAUCUCUCAACCCAAGUUCGGCUCGCCACGCCCAAACCGAUGGCCAAACGGAGAGGGCGCAUCAGACCGCACAGGUUCUCCUUCGCACCCUCAUCCGUCCCGACCAUAAGGAUUGGGUUGAGUGGCUGCCAGAUGUCGAGUUGGCAUACAACUUGUCCUUCCACCCGACUAUCGGGAUGUCGCUCUUCGAGUUCGAGCACGGCUCGCCGGUCACUUUUCCGUUGGACACAAUCAUUCCACGGGCGGCCGAGAGCGACGACCAUCUUCUCUUCAUUCGUCGGAUGCAAGAGCUUGGAAAAAAUGCAAGUUUGUCAGAUCGCAAUGGGGUCAGGCAUGAUCUUGGAAACCGUGAUAAAGUAGAGAAGAGGAAGGACGAUGUGCAGCAGCAGAUACCUGAACAGAAAGGAGAAAAAAUAGCAGAAGGGAUGAGAGUUAAACUCCGCCCAGAUGCGGACGGUGAGGAGGUGGGUGAUCAACAGGCCAAAGUUGGUGGCGAGAGGCCAACUGAGUACUUGGUACACUUUGCGUACUGCACCCACAAAGUUGAACGUUGGUUGACCCGUGCGGAACUGCAAGCAACAGCUCCAGAUGUUCUCACACGCUACGAACACAAGAUGCAAGGCAAGCCGGUAUCUUCGGCUCCACGUCGCACCCGCGUCCAGGUUCCACCUUCAGAUCGUCAGCUUCACCCUCGACCCGGCUUGACUUCAUAAGGAGGGGGGGGGGUUACAUGCUGCGCCUGCAACAAGCUGCACGGGCCAUUUUCCGGCCCGUGUCGUUUUCAGCCCGAAAGC